GGCUGUGGGCGCGCGUCGGUGGGAGGGGCCGCCAUUUUGUCCCGGUGAGGCCCUAGAGGAGGAGCCUGCAGAAGAAGGGAAGAGACGCGGGGAGGAGGCGGAGAGCCCGGGCAGCCUUACAGCCUUACGGAACGGCUUGUUGUCGGUAGCGGCUUCGGCGGGUGUGCCCGGUACUGGGGAGGGGCCCGUGUAUGACGAGACCGCCGAGUGGCGGCCGCGACUGAUCGGAGAGGGGUCCCCGGGGGAGAGCAGGGCCCAUGGCGAAGAAGACGUACGACCUGCUCUUCAAGCUGCUGCUCAUAGGAGACUCAGGGGUGGGGAAGACCUGCGUCCUCUUCCGCUUCUCGGAUGAUGCCUUCAACACCACCUUCAUCUCCACCAUCGGAAUUGACUUCAAGAUCAAAACUGUGGAACUUCAAGGAAAGAAGAUCAAACUACAGAUCUGGGACACGGCCGGACAGGAGCGAUUCCACACGAUCACCACCUCCUAUUACAGAGGCGCGAUGGGAAUCAUGUUAGUCUAUGACAUCACCAAUGCCAAAAGCUUCGAGAACAUCAGCAAGUGGCUCAGAAACAUAGAUGAGCAUGCCAACGAAGACGUGGAGCGGAUGCUGCUAGGAAACAAGUGCGACAUGGAGGAUAAGAGAGUGGUGCCCAAAGCAAAAGGGGAGCAGAUCGCUCGAGAACACGGAAUUAGGUUUUUUGAGACUAGCGCAAAAGCAAACGUAAACAUUGAGAAGGCAUUCCUCACGUUAGCAGAAGACAUACUACGAAAGACUCCAGUCAAAGAACCCAACAGUGAGAAUGUAGAUAUCAGCAGCGGUGGAGGAGUCACAGGCUGGAAGAGCAAAUGUUGUUGAGUCUUGAAUUUGCGCCAUUCACCAUUCACUGCCCCUCCUCACCCUCCCUUUGCAGCAUAAACCACUUUCCCCUUUGACACCCUCCAUUUUAACCUUCCCCGAUGAAUGUCCCCUCUUCCUGACAUAUUAACAUCCAUCUAUACGAGUGCUUGCCGGUAUCUCUCUCCUUUCUCAAGAGAAGAUGAAGAUGACGCCUUCACCCUUGGGAAAGAGCGGAGUGAAUCAUGUAUGUGACAUAUAUAUCAUUUUAAGGCGCCCAUCCCCCACCCUCCCCCCUUCACUACAUUUUGGUUGUGUCCUAUGCCCCUCCCACCCUCCUCCCCCUUUCGUUCUGUUAUCAUUAAAAAGAAAACAAAUGUCCAAGAUGACGACACGUGCGACAAAUUCUGCUCUACUGUUCUGGAUUAAAACCAAUGUGUACCACAAUAAAGGUUAGAAUGAAUCACUACUUCUGUCUCCAUGAUGGAGGUGAGCCGCGGGGGAUCGGGGGUCCUCGGCCUGCGCUCCACCACUCCCCGAUCUGUAGAGUUUGUCUUUUUGUUUGAUCUUUCUUUUUGGUUAUGGAUUUAUUUUUUGGGUUUGUUUCAUGUGAGCUGUACACAAAUGGCUACUGUAACCUGAAAUCUGCAAAUAUAUCUGUCUCGAUAUCGGC